AUGUCCGAUCCCGCCAGUCAACAACGCAUCCAAGACAGCAAGCAGAGACUCCAGCAGGCCUACAACCACGCUACCAGCGAAAAAGAACGUGCCGAGUCCGGUUUCAAGCAAGAGGAAUAUGCCGGGAUCACCAAUGGCCAAGUGUUCAAUGUAUGGUCUGUUCAGAAUGCGCCUGGCUACCACGCGGCCCUGAGGGGUUACCAAGCAGCAAAGGCUGCGUACGACCAGGCACUCCAACAUGGAGAUAACGAAGCUUUCCAAGAUUGGAACAAGAAGUAUAGAGAGGCGGUAUUGGGGGAUAACCCUGCAAGACCCGAUUACAAUGUUCUCGUGGAGCCUUGA